AGCCGCCUGUGCCGUCGGCGCCGGUGGCCAUGGACCUGCGAGCGGAGCUGCUCAAGUCCAUCUGGUACGCCUUCACCGCCCUGGACGUGGAGAAGAGCGGCAAAGUGUCCAAGUCGCAGCUGAAGGUGCUGUCCCACAACCUGUACACGGUGCUGUGCAUCCCCCACGACCCCGUGGCCCUGGAGGAACAUUUCCGUGACGAUGACGACGGGCCGGUGUCCAGCCAGGGCUACAUGCCCUACCUCAACAAGUACAUCCUGGACAAGGUGGAGGAAGGUGCCUUUGUCAAAGCAAACUUUGAUGAGCUCUGCUGGACCCUGACAGCAAAGAAGAAUUACAAACCCGACCGGAAUGGGAACAGCAUCGUGUCCCACCAGGAUGCCUUCAAGCUCUGGUGUCUCUUCAACUUUCUCUCUGAAGACAAAUACCCUCUUGUCAUGGUGCCAGAUGAGGUGGAAUACCUGCUGAAGAAGAUCUGCACAGCCAUGAACGUGGAGCUGAACUCCUGUGAGCUGGAGGAAUACCUGGCCCAGGAGCUGCAGGGCCAGGGUGGGCUCACAGUCUGGCAGUUCCUGGACAUGGUGAACUCGGGGAGGCUGCUGCGAGGGGUGGAGCAGGAGGCUGUGAGCAUGGCUGUGGAGGAGGUGUACCAGGAGAUCAUCGAGGAUGUGCUCAAACAGGGCUACCUGUGGAAGAAGGGUCAUCUGAGGAGAAACUGGUCAGAGAGGUGGUUCAUGCUGAAGCCUCGUGUCCUGUCCUACUACAUGAGCGAGGAACGGAAGGAGCAAAAGGGGAGCAUCGUGUUGGACAAACACUGCUGUGUGGAGGUGCUGCCUGACCGGGAUGGCAAGAGGUGCAUGUUCUGCGUCAAGACCUCGUCCCGCACCUACGAGAUGAGCGCGUCCGACACCCGGCAGCGCCAGGAGUGGACACUGGCCAUCCAGACAGCCAUCCGGCUGCAGGCCGAGGGCAAGAACUCCCUGCACAAGGACCUGAAGCAGAAGCGCCGGGAGCAGCGGGAGCAGCGGGAGCAGCGCAAGGCGGCCAAGGAGGAGGAGACCCAGCGGCUGAAGCAGCUGCAGGAGGAGAAGGAGAGGAAGCUGCAGGAGCUGGAGCUGCUGAAGGAGGCCCAGCGGCAGGCAGAGAUGCUCCUGCAAGAGGAGGAGCAGCGGCGCAGGCAGCAGCACGAGGAGAUGCAGCGGACCCUGGAGAUCCAGCUGCAGGAGGCUGAGCAGGCUCGUGCCUCCAUGCAGGCAGAGAUGGUUCUGAAGGAGGCAGAGGCAGAGCGGCAGCGCAAGCGCAUCCUGGAGCUGGAGGCCAUGCAGGAGCGGCUGCAGGAGGCUCUGCAGCAGGAGGUGAAGGCGCGGCAGGACGAGGAGUCCGUGAGAUAUGCACAGGCCAGGCUGCUGGCUGAGGAAGAGGAGAAGCUGAAGCAGCUGAUGAAGCUGAAGGAGGAGCAAGAGGAAUAUAUCAUCAAAACUCAGCGGGAGAAGCAAGUGCUCAAGCAGGAGAUGGAGAACAAGAGCAAGUGUCUGGAAGAGGCGCAGAAGCAGCUGGAAGAAGUGAGAGUGAACAGGCAGCGGGUGGACCAAGACGUCAUGGCUGCCCAGCGGAAGCUGCGCCAGGCCAGCACCAACGUCAAGCACUGGAACGUCCAGAUGAACCGGCUGAUGCACCCCAUCGGCCCAGGAGAGAAGCGGCCGAACGUGAGUGGAGGCUUCCCUGGCUACCAGCCCCUCCUCUCCCAGAGAGAAUCCUCCCUCAAACUCAAGCAGAAAGUGGAGGACAAAGGCAGCGACCCCCCGAGGGACAACAGCAAGGGGAAGGUCAGCAACGGCAGGAGCUGCAGAGAGCUGCUGCCUGCGGAGACAGAUACGGCGGGCACAGAGCCCAGCAACUAACCCAGCAGCGUGGCACAGCCUCCCAGGCACACAGCCUCCCAUGGACACAGCCUCCCAUGGACACAGCCUCCCAGGCACACAGCCUCCCAGGGACACAGCCUCCCAGGCACACAGCCUCCCAGGGACACAGCCUCCCAGGCACACAGCCUCCCAGGCACACAGCCUCCCAUGGACACAGCCUCCCAGGCACACAGCCUCCCAUGGACACAGCCUCCCAGGGACACAGCCUCCCAGGCACACAGCCUCCCAGGGACACAGCCUCCCAGGCACACAGCCUCCCAUGGACACAGCCUCCCAGGGACACAGCCUCCCAGGCACACAGCCUCCCAGGGACACAGCCUCCCAUGGACACAGCCUCCCAUGGACACAGCCUCCCAGGCACACAGCCUCCCAGGCACACAGCCUCCCAGGGACACAGCCUCCCAGGCACACAGCCUCCCAGGCACACAGCCUCCCAGGGACACAGCCUCCCAGGCACACAGCCUCCCAUGGACACAGCCUCCCAGGCACACAGCCUCCCAUGGACACAGCCUCCCAGGGACACAGCCUCCCAGGCACACAGCCUCCCAGGCACACAGCCUCCCAGGGACACAGCCUCCCAUGGACACAGCCUCCCAGGGACACAGCCUCCCAGGCACACAGCCUCCCAUGGACACAGCCUCCCAGGGACACAGCCUCCCAGGCACACAGCCUCCCAUGGACACAGCCUCCCAUGGACACAGCCUCCCAGGGACACAGCCUCCCAGGCACACAGCCUCCCAGGCACACAGCCUCCCAGGGACACAGCCUCCCAGGGACACAGCCUCCCAUGGACACAGCCUCCCAGGGACACAGCCUCCCAGGCACACAGCCUCCCAUGGACACAGCCUCCCAGGGACACAGCCCAUACAGCUGUCUCCAGAUGGAGACAAGUGGGGAGCAGCACAGAGCCCAGAGCUGACUCUGUACCAGGCAGAGAUGCUCCUGUUUGCUUCAGGGAAGGGCUGCAGCCACAACGUGCCAGGAGGCUCACACAGCCCAGCAGUGGGGAGAAAGCAGUGGAGGUGUCUCCUCAGGGGGCUUUCUCCUCCUCCAAGCUGUGGGACUUGGAUUCAACCCUCCAGACUCUGGUUUCCACCCUGCCUAAAAAGCCAAGCCCCUGGAGGGUCUGGCUGCAUGGCUCAGGGCUGCAGUUUCCCCUUGGUUUCUAUCAGCCAACCCUUCUGCAUUGCCUGCUGCACCUUGGCAGGCUGAGCAGUGCCUUCUCAGCACCCCAACAGAAGGGCAGGAUGUCCUGCACAGGCACCUGCGCUCCCUGAAGGUGGUUGUUAGUCACUGGAGUCACACAGACAUUGGCAGAAACCAACAAGCAAUAAAGCCUUUGGAGCCCAUGGCCCACAGAGCUCCUUCCCUGGGGCCCUGCAGGCACCAGCCCUCCCUCCACAGCUCUGCAGGGGCACAUUGCCACCGUACAAAAGAGCCCAUGAGGCUGCACCAGUGGAUUUGGGGGCAGAGGAGGGGGAAGGAAGACACAGAUGCAGGUGAGCUGGCCACAGGGACUGAGCUCCCCUCUGGGUGGCAUGGCUGGCACAGGGGGGACGUCUGAGAGGGCCAAGACCCCACUAUGGAUAUCAUCAUGUGCACAGCCUCCUGUCAGGGAGUGUCAGUGCUCCUGUCUCCCCUCAGCCUCCUCUUCUCCAGGCUGGACACCCCCAUUCCCUCAGCCCUUCCCCAGGACCCUUGUAUUUAUGUAGGAAGCUGCUCUGAGCUUCAUUUAGCUCUGGUGUCCUUGGCCUGCCAGACUCCCUGUGUCAGAGGCUGGUCCAAGGCCCACAGAGGCAAUAGCAAAGCCUCCCAGGGGCCAUCUGCAUUGGGUGGCUGUGGCAGCUCACUUCAGCAGCACUGGCCUGGCCUGGCCUGUCUCCUCCAGCUAAUUUGCUCCCUGAAGGACUAUGAACAACAGCCAAGUCUGCUGGCAAUGCCCUUCACACAAAGAAACCCCAACCCCAGCACCCAGGCCAGCAGCAGAGCUGGUCUUUCCAAGCACCUCUGUGUAAAUACAGACCCACUCACCUGUGA